AUGGCAUUCACGUCCCUUAUCUGGGAGAGAGUGGGAGCAGAGACAGUCUUCAAGGAACGAAGUGGGGGAUGGGAUGGAAGGCUGUGCCUCUGGAAUCUUCAAAAGCGCUCCUUUCAAAACACCUUCUCCAACCUGCCUGGGGAUAACGAGCCUAUCCUGGAUGUGGCCUGUUCCCAAAAUAGCCCACACAGCCCUGCUCCUGAAAGGAGGGAAUUUGCCUUCUCUACCAGCACUGGAGUUUUCAUCUGCGCUUUCAAUUUUCAUUGUGCUGACCUGGAGCUCCUGGCUGAACUCUGCGAGCACAAAACCACAGUCCUAGCCCUGGCAUGGCACCCACAACAAAACAAAUGGGUAACUGGGGCUGAAGAUGGCACCAUUCAACUCUGGAGUGAAGAUGGUGGAUGUUGUGUGCGAGACAUGAAAGCCCCUAGAAGAAUCACUUGUAUUUGCAUUGACCAGAUCAAUGGAUGUAUCAUUGCAGGAGACCAUGAUACUAUCAGGAUUUAUGACCCAAACUCUGGAGCACUAGUGCAAAGUUACACAGGACAUCAAGAUUCUAUCAAGGGUCUCAUCCAUGUCCCAGAAAUGAAGCAGUAUGUGUCAGUUUCACUGGAUGGCACAGCUCGCAUAUGGAAGGCCUACCAUCAAGGGGGAUAGUCCAAGUCCCAGUCAACUGGCAACUUUAUUAUUAUCCUACAUACCAUCUAGAAUCCGGAUUCUGUCAAACUUUUAUUAUGACCUUUGGGCCAGAGAACACAACAAUAAAAAAACAUAAACCUGUCAUUACUGAUAAAACUUUAAAAAAAUAAAAUGAAAUGUACGUAAGACAAUUAUAAUAGCUGUACUACAGAUGGCAGUGGCAAUCAUCGAAAUUUGUGCUAAACUUCAAUCUUAGGUAGGAUACAGUAGAUACAACGAAUGGUAGCACAAAGCCAGGCUAGAAAGAUAUAGCAUGAUCCUGGUCAGUUAGAAACAGUGACCAGAGAGACAUCGUGCUCUCUACCAUGGUACGGUAGUUCCUUAAAAUGAGAUGAAUGUAUGUCUUCCUAGAUUCUCUAUGUAAAAAGCAACAGAGAAGCACAGAUUCCACAGAGCUAUCUCCACAUGGGUAUAAGCAUUGCUGAAAAGGGAUGUUUUUAUACACCCCACCACUACCCAAGACUGCAGAGAGUAGUGAAAUCAACCUGGCCAAGGUAAAAAGCUCAAUUAAAUUUCAGAAUUAGAAUUGAAAAGAGAUAAGAUGAUGGCACAUGCACAUUUGAGAGGAAUACAUUAACUAUAGAGUGGGAUACUAGACUUAAACUGGUUUGAAAAUCAAUGUCUCAGAUAUGUUGUUUAAGAUGACUCCCGGCAUUUUUAAAUACUAAUGGACAGAGACUUUACAAAGAGUCCUGAGGACUAGAGUUUGCUAUUAGUUGUUGCUAGCCAGGCUGAUUUAAAAUAAUGUUUAGAGCACCACUGGAACCAGACCCACAGGAUAAGAAAAUCAAUUUCAACAGAAAUCAAGGAGACAGAACCAGGCU